GAUUUGAUGUUACAAAAGAGUAAAUUUCAGUUGAGCACUAGAAGGAACUUCUUAAGAGUAAGAGAUGUACCUAGGAAUGUGGUGGGGUCACUUUCUCUGUCUCUCUCUGUCCCUAUCUAGGUAGUGUUGGGGAUUUGUCUAUCACACAUGCUCAGAACAAUUAACCAAAGGAAUGCUUAUUGCACCUUUUCUUGCACGUGGAUUCCCUUUCAUGUUUAAAAAAGGGGAACAUUCUCCUUUGUUGAAGAUAGCCAGGGGAAGCAGACACCAACGGAUUUACUCCCAAAAAAGCAUAUAUUGGAUUUCUCCUUAAAUCUCCCCCACUCCUGGGCCAUAGAAUAAGUCAUCUCAAGGCUCGGUGUCUUGCAGUACUCCUUUAAGAAUAGAAGCCUCCCUUUUGCAGAAGCAAGAAAAGGGAAAGAAGACAGGAGAGGGUCGCUGCUGAAGUGUACAGCUCACAAAACCUGUGUCGCUCUAAGCUUGGCUUAUCUGGUUGAUCGAAUUGUCAUGCCUCCCUCAGGCAUCAGUUUCAUUCAGGACCCACAACAUCUGAACAACAGUCCCAGGAAGGAGAGGAGAAAGUCUCAAACCCAACAAGUUUGCUCAAAGUUUCAGAAAGAGAUCCAGGUGAUGCUCUAUGCUGUCCUAGUGGACUUGUGUGAAAAAUUCACUUUUUUUGGCAUUGUCUGCAACAUGAUCCUUUUCUGCACCAUCAAACUUGGCUACCACAACUACCAGGCAGCCAUGAUCAACCUUUGCUUUUCAGGUGCCUGUAUGGUGACCCCUUCUCUGAUCGGCUGGUUGGCUGAAAGUCCAGGGGGACGGAUCAAAUUGGUAUAUAUCUGUGUGUUGUUGCAUUUUAUAGGUACAGCCCUGUUGCCUGUUGUUGCCUUCCCAUUUGAAGACUUUUUCAUAGACAAACGCUAUGUGCUUCACACCUUGCCAAAGAGGGAACAAAAGGCACUGUUUUACAUUGGACUGCUUGCCACCUGUCUUGGUUCAGGAGGAAUAAGGGCCCUAGUGUGUCCUCUCCGCCUGUAUAAUUUUGAUGAAACGGGUCAAAAGGAGCGCCUGUCAUUUUUCAACUGGUUUUAUUGGCUGGUAAAUUUAAGUUCAGCCAUUGUCUUUGUCAGUAUUUCAUACAUCCAGCAGUCCGUGGCCAAAAACCUUGGUUUUCUUAUUCCUUUUGUCUCUGUCCUGAUGGCUCUGAUCACAAUUCACAUGGCACACAAUGAAAUGAUUUACCAGCCACCAAAAGGGAGUUGUCCAUUUACAGUCUGUGGUGUGGCCACUAAUGCAUUGAAGGUGUGUUGUGUCAAAUGCCGCUACUUCAGGGAGAACAUGGCAAACUGGCUAGACCAUGCCAAGGAAAACUAUGGUGGCCAAUACAGCGAAACACAAGUAGAAAGCACCAAGAUGCUUCUUCAUCUCUUUCCCUUCUUUGCCUUCCAAGUCCUCUAUCGCAUGUGUGUUAUGCAGAUCCCUUCUGGAUAUUAUCUUCAAGCCAUAAAUUCAAAUCUCAAUUUGAAUGGCUUUUUCAUACCAAUAGCAGUCAUGAAUCUGAUCAGCAUCCUGCCGUUGUUGAUUCUAGCUCCCAUUCUGGAGUGUCUCAGCACUUGUCUGUUCAGUGCAAAAACUAGUGGAUGGUCCCAUACUAUGUACAUUGUUGUAGGUUACACAUUUGCCACCUUGUCAGUGAUAGUUGCUGGGUUGUUUGAGGUGCACAGGAAACAUUUCCCUUCAGUGGAACAGUCUGUUUCGGGCAAAAUGCUCCUUGUUUCCUCCAUGCCGUGUGUCCAUCUGGCCCCUCAAUACAUCUUGCUUGGCGUAGCAGAAGCUCUGGUGACUCCCACCUGUUCCUUCAUUAUAUUCAAAUUUGUGCCAGACAGAAUUAGAGGGAUCGCCAUGCAAGUUUCAACUUUCUUCAGUGGAGUUGGCUGCAUUACGGGAGCGCUUUUCAUCCAAGCAGUUUACUAUGGCUCACAAGGUGACUGGUUUCCAAAUAUUCUAAAUGAGGGCAAGUUGGAGAGAUUUUACUUUUUCUUAGCUUCGUUAAUGAUGAUUAAUACUUUGGGCUUCUGGACUAUUUCACAUAGAUACAAUAACCUCUGGCAAGACUAUGGCGAAGGAUUCAGAGGGAGUCUUCUUCAAGAACAACUUUUACAGCAUGAGAAAUCACUUGAAUUUUAUGACAGUAUCCUAGAUUGUCCCUCUCCAUUGUCUCCUGUGGAGAUUAUCCUGUGAAAUCUUGCUCAGAAAACAUCUGGUUGAGCAUUCCAUGCAGUUAGUUAGUCAUCAGAGUAGUGUCUGUCAAAUUUUUAACAAUGCAUUGUAUUCUAUGUUUAUGAAUAGGCUUAAUAAUAGAUUGCUGUUUGGCUUAUUCAUGGGUGUGUGUGUGUGAUUGAUAUAUAUGGGACCUCCUUAACCAUCAAGGCAGCAAGUUGCAUAGAA